AUGGCCUCUGCGUCUGUCACGCUCCCCACCACCCAGAAGGCCGAAAAUGCCCAUACUCCACCCAAAAUGCAAUACCAACGUCUGGGCAACAGCGGCCUCAGGGUCUCCCGCAUCAUUCUCGGGUGCAUGACUUACGGCAACCCCAAUUGGGAAGGGUCCCCGUGGGUGCUCGACGAGAAACAAUCGCUCCCGUUACUCAAAAAGGCCUACGACGUGGGAAUAAACACUUUCGAUACCGCAAACACGUAUUCAAAUGGAGAAUCUGAAAGAAUCCUAGGCAAAAUGUUGACCGAGUACAACAUCCCACGAAGCCGGGUGGUUAUCAUGACGAAAAUGUACUAUCCGGUGCUAGAAGACAAUCCGGACGCGAGGCCAAGUCCAGCUGUGAAUGACGGACCGCUGGUCAACCAGAUGGGUCUGAGUCGAAAGCAUAUCUUCGAUGCUGUUGAAGGGUCUCUGCGGAGACUGAAUACAGACUACAUUGAUGUUCUGCAACUGCAUCGGUUUGAUUCUGAGACUCCAUCUGAAGAAAUCAUGCGAGCACUGCAUGACCUGGUCCAAAUGGGCAAAGUUCGCUAUUUGGGGGCAUCGAGUAUGCACUGUUGGGAGUUUGCGCGCUUGCAGUAUAUCGCGAAAAUGAACGGCUGGACGCCAUUUGUUAGUAUGCAGGGUCUAUACAACCUCCUGUAUCGCGAGGAAGAGCGGGAGAUGAAUCCGUUCUGUCAAGCAGAGGGGAUUGGCUUAGUGCCUUGGAGUCCUCAGCGCGGGGGGAAUCAAGACCAAAAGACCAAGAGAUGGUUUGUUGGUGAUCAAAACGAGGGAAUUGUGAGCCGAGUGGAGGAAUUAGCUCGUCAGAAAGACUGUGCAAUGAGCUCGGUCGCGAUGGCCUGGUUGUUGCAGAAAGGGUGUUGUCCAAUCGUUGGAUUGAACAGUAUUGACAGAAUUGAGGCGUCACUCGAGUCGUUGGAGGUUGAAUUGACUAGGGAGGAUGUUGCCCUAUUGGAGGAAGCGUAUCGUCCAUUGACGGUCCAAGCAAUCUGA